AUGAUGCUAAGAGUAUCCGAGUAACGGUAAAAUGCGAUUUUGACAGUCCUUUUCCUUCAAUAUGUAGUAAUACGAUUGUGGCAAACAAGAUCAGUAGUUGCUUUAAAGAUAAAGGAAUGUCUUCUGAAGUAAAUGAAUACCUAGAAAACGUACUGGACAACAUUGGUGGAUGUGGACGGUUCCAAUUCUUUCUGAACUUCUUUGUUCUCGGAACAAAAACUGUGGUCGCAUGGAGUACAUUGAUGAUGUCAUUUGGUGGCGUAGUUCCGGAUUGGACUUGUACAUGGAAUACGGAUUCGGGAGACAAAUACAUGCCAAAUUCAACUUUUGUCAAACAAUGCUCAAUUGAAAAUUCAACAAUAAAUCCUACAUGCAGCUCUAGACAAUUUGACACAUCUAAAUCGACAGUUGUCAGUGAGUGGAACCUUGUUUGUGACAAAGAAUGGAUAGUUUCUACCAUAACAACUAUUCAAAUGGGAGGACUACUUGUUGGCGCAAUCAUUUCUGGUCAAAUCGGUGAUGUCUUCGGACGCAGGAUAACAUACUUCUUGUCAGUAAUAAUCCUUAUGAUUGCUAACAUAAUUGCAGCUUUUUCAGUAAACUGGCAAAUGUUUGCUGCGCUACGUUUUUGUAUUGGUUUAGGAUGUGGCUGGUAUUUAACUGUUUUCGGAAUAUUUCUUGCGGAAUUAACUCCAGCAAAAUAUCGGUCAUUCGUCCUAUCAUUUCCAACAUGGGCGAUGGGGACAAUGUCAUUUGGGCUGUUUUCAUGGAUCCUCCAUGACUGGAUGCACCUACAAAUUGCAACUGCAGUUUUCUGUGUACCUUGGAUGUUAGGUUUUUGCCUUAUUCCAGAAAGUUACAGAUGGCUCGUAUCAAACAAGAAAAUAAAUGAAGGCCAUAACGUUAUGGCAAGGGUGGCUAAAAUAAACCAUGCACCAAUACCAGAUAAAGACAAAUUCCUAAAGAUAAUGGAAACAUGGGGAGAUGAACCUGAUAGGAGGACGUACUCUGUGUUUGAUAUAUUGAAACACAGAAAACUGCUGAAGACAAUGCUGCUUCUGUCAGCUUGCUGGUUCUCUUGUGGUUAUGGUUACUACACUAUAUCUUUCGGAGUAGAACAACUGUCUGGAAACUUGUAUGUGAAUAUAGUGCUGCUAGGGCUGAUGGACAUGACCUCAAUAUUUGCUGCACCACUUUGUAAUUUCGCAGGACGAAAAUGGACAACUUUAGUUUUAUUCCUGAUAGGUGGCAUAACAGGAAUCACAGUCGGUGUUUUUCAGUUUAUUGAUAUACCAAACAAAGGACAACUCGUCAAUGGAUUUGCAUUGGCAUCAAAAGUUUGUGUGGCAACAGGAUGGUAUGGUCUGUGGAUUCUUACUUCUGAAUCGUAUCCAACAGUUGUCAGAAAUGUUGGUCUAGGUGUAAACAACGCUAUGGCCAGAGUCGGUGCAAUGAUUGCUCCUCAAUUAGUGUUUGCAAGCAAGCAUAUUCCAGGCAUAUCAUAUUUAUUAUUAGGAGGCUGUUUUUUCCUCUCGGCUUUCUGCAUUCUGUUUCUUAAGGAAACAAACAAACUAGCAUUACAAGACUCUUUAGAAAUAGUUAUACCUCCUCCUUCAACAGAAAUUUCAGUAGUGUCGCCAACAUCGCCUACCAAACAAGGAGAAAGGGAAGGAAAAACUGCAGACGAAAAUCAACGUUUGUAAUGUCUUAAAGAGUUUAAUGCGUUUGAUUAAAAUGAGGAAAGAAUGGAUACUGCACACUGUAUAGGUUGUUUCGUACUUCACUUAUACUAUGAGAGUGUUUGGACACAAACGUUUAUGGCAAACAUGUUUAUUUUAGUUUCUAAACAGUAAUAUGUUAAGUUUAGUAAUAUAUGGAAUACAUGAUG